GUGGUAUCUUUCUUCUUUUUCUGAGAAGUGACGAAGGAAACGUUUUCCGCCGGAGGGUUUAGUCUCUAUGGAAAAACUAUUCACUAAGUUUCCGCUCAAGGUUAAAGAUCAUGUUGUCAGUUGAAGAGGCACUGUGGAAGCUUACAAACGCUACAGGGUUUGAAGAGUUGAAGACAGUUAAUCUCCAUAGUAUUCAUGUGAAUAAACUUCACACAAUAGCCAGGUCGUUGAGUGUUGCUCCAUUUGCUGGUUGAUCUGAAGGAGACAAUAAAGUUUUCUUGUUUGUGACCUGCCAAAGUUGUAGGCUAAUGAAAUAUAAUGAUAAAGCUAUUUAGGGCAAAAAAAAUUGCUGAGCAGAAGUUACUUGAGAAUGACAUUGCUGGAGCUCAAAAAAUUUUCAUUGAAGGCUCAAAAUCGUUUUCCAGGUCUUGAUGGUCUUUUUCAGUUCCUGGAGGUGGUGGCUGUUUAUGUUUCUCAUGAGAAGAAAACUUAUGGUGAAGUAGAUAUAUACAGUGUUCUUUCUCUCGGGCUCUCAGCUGAUGAUGAAACAAUAAGGAAACACUACAGAAGGCUGGCUCUAGCUUCUCCUUGAUAAAAAUAAAUCCGUUGGGGGGCAGAUGGGGCAUUUAAGAUUAUAUCUGAAGCAUGGAGUUUGUUGUAUGAUAGACCAAAAGAAUGAUGGAUGACAAUAGGCAUGUUACGAGGAAUGCAUCCAUGCAAGGCAAUCGGCACGAAUUUCAUAAUUUCUCCAUGAACCGAGCAAGUGCAAGAAACUCAACAAAUGCUAAUUUCCAGCCCGCUCCCAAACAUCAAAAGUAGAGACAUUCUGGACAUCUUGCAAUACAUGCCAGAUGCCUAAUGAAUACUUAAAUUUUCACCUAAACAAAAGUAUUAUGUGCCCCAAAUGUCACCGGCCCUUUAGGGCAAGGGAGGUAGGUGUUCCCGUGAAAAUUGAAGCUGCUUCUUUUUCGUGGUCUUCCCCUCCAGCAGCAGCAGGGUACAAACUAUCUUGCUGCCAAUGGAUUUUCUGUUUCAGGUGUAAAGAACCCUACAGCUUCAAAUUCAGUACAGUACAAUCUGGUUAUUCUGUCUUUGGCUCAACAGUUAGAGCAAACAUUCAGUAGGAUCAAGUUUUUAAGAAGAGCGAUGCAAACAGUGUGCAUGCCACUACAGCUGGGAAAUCUGCACACUCGGCCAGCCAGUUGGUGGAAACUUGAAGAGAGCUAAUGCAGAAGCAGCUCUGAGUGCCAGGAGACUUUUCUGAAGAAAAACAAUUUGUUCAUGAAAAACUGAUGCUGGUGUUUUCCUGAUUAGUUUCCACUUGUUCAGAAGCUGAUAGGCUAAUAUAAAAGAGAUGCAUAAGAUGAGUUGAAGUCAAAAUUUCAAAGAGAAGGAAUGGUAAAUGAAUUGACUGCAAAAGGUGAAUCUAGUAGCCAAGAAAACAUACAUGGAAAUGAAAAAGGUGUUUUGAGAGCAGAGAAUGCUACCAUUGUGGUAAGUAACAAGCCCAGGAGUUCAGGGGAGUUGUCCAAUUCAGGAAUUCACAGUAUGCUGGUGAGAAAAGCUAGGAUGGAGAUCACCAAGAAGCUUAAAGAAUGGAGCACAAAUGCUACUUCUCAAACUUCAUCUGAGAAGGAAAAAGAAGAAGCAAAUUGCUCGUGAAGUUAUCAUAAAUGAUCUGAGAAGGGAUAAAACUGCUCAUGAUGCUAGGGUGGAUCCAAAAUAUCAUGCGAGCAGAAAAAGUGGUAGGUCUUUGGUGCUCUGUUUGAUUUUAAACCAGAAGCUACGUCAAUGACUGUUCCAGAUCCUGACUUCCAUAAUUUCGACAAGGAUAGAAUGGAAAAAUCUUUUGAUGAGAAUCAAGUCUUGGUUGCUUAUGAUAAUGAUGAUGGCAUGCCACACUAUUAUGAACUGAUUCGCGAUAUGAUAUCUAAAAUCCAUUCAAAGUGCAAUUCUGCUGGUUGAACUCCAAAAACAACUCAGAACUCUUCCCAAUCAAUUGGGUUGGUUCUGGCUUCCUCAAGACCAGUAGAGAUUUCAGGAUAGGCAAGCAAGAAAUAAAUAAGAUGCUUAAUUCUUUUUCCCACUAGGUCAAGUGGGUGAAAGGGGCUGGUGGUGUUAUCCAAAUUUUCUCCAGAAAGGGGCAUGUUUGGGGUCUGUACAUGCAUUGGUCUCCUAAAUGGAAUGUGCUAACUUUAAAUGAUAUGAUACACAACUAUGAUAUGGUGGAAAUGCUUGGCAAUUGCACUGAGAAGGAAGGUGUCACUGUUUUUUCAUUAGUCAAAGUAGCUGCUUCAGGAUCUAACAACCAGUGGGAGCAUUUGGAGCUUCUUGACCUUUGAGCAAAUAUGAAGAGACCUCAUAAGAAAGUGAAGCAUCUCUUCCCUUGGAUUUCAUGAGUGUUAUCUAACAACCCAUAUUGACAUUUAUAAAUAUUUCUUUUACUUUUUCAUAGUUUUAUCUUUUAACAUAUUAUUUCUAAGUGUGACUUAGAAUUUUGUAUGAUCCUAUAUAAGUCAUAGUCCAUGUAUAUUAGUAACUCUAAUAGUCUAGAAAGUAGUUCUCGUGCAUAGCCUAAAGCCAAUUAUGAUCUUUAAAGAUUAAAAGUAGUUUUUUUUUGUUUACCACUCGGUGUCUGGAGGCCGCAUUAUAUCUUCGACUAAAUCUAGAUUGUGCAUUGCCGGACUAUUCAGGGUUGGCGCUCUCAAUAUGAUUUUCUCUAGAGCCAAGGCUUGAACCCGAGACUUCUGAUUAAGGGUGGAGCAAAAAUGAAGUUGUAAUUGUUUUAAGGAGAUGUGAUUAUUUAAUACAUUGCAUGUUAGUUACGUUAUUGCAAAAGUAAUUUAUUCUAUAGAUGAAAUUUGUCAUAUUUGUAGAAUGGAACCUGAAACCUUAGAGCACAUUUUUCAUUUGUAUGUCAUGUAAAAGAUGAGACCGACAUUUAGGCCGAAUUUGCAUGGUAUCUUAUAUUUUGUUGCUUGAUGGAAAAAAUAGUUUUGGAAGUUAGUUUUUAUUUCUGAUGUAACUGGCAGUACAUAUCUACUUUAUGGAUGAUGUGAAAGGUAGAACAACAACAACAUAUCCCACAAGUGUGGAUGUGAAAGGCUAAUAAUAAAUAUAUUUUUAAUUCAGUUCUAUGCAGUGAAGGUGAUGUAAUAUCCAAAGCCUUAUUUGAUUUGACGAAUUUAUAACUAGGUGAAUAAUGUUAAAUGUUAUUCAAGAUGUUGUUGUUAAUGUUAAUUUACUAUUUUUUUAUCCAAAGUUGUGGUGCUUUGUGUUGGUACAGGUUUGGAUAAAAAGGUUCACAAGAGAGUAUUAUAAUGGUAGCCUUGAAGGCUAAUGGUGGUAGUCCAAUUCAUUUUCUUGGAUAAUAACUUGAGUGUUGUCAAUAACAAAAACAAUUCAAAUGGCUGCUAAUUAUGACUGCAAAAAUAUAAGUAUUUUGUUAUAUUCGUCAACAAUGAUUCAAAUUUGUCAGCUGAGACUAAGUUGAGGUGUUUUAGAUGUGCACUCUCAAAGUUGGAGUGCGUACUUGUUAACUGAAGCCAAGUUUGAGUGCUUGUUUAUAUAUUAUGCCUUUGAUUAAUGCAUAUUAUGUUUCUCAGUAGAAAAGGUGAUUUUAUUAAUUGCUUUGAAUAAUUUAUAUACAAUCUUGAGACAUUUUUAAAAAAAUUGUGGAUCGUAUUGAGUGUGCCACGAUUUACAACAUAGAGAUUGUUGGAAUCCUACUAAUAUUGAUUCAUGAUAUACAAUGCGCCUGUACAUGGACAAAUAAAAGGAAUAAAAAGGCUGCGUAUCGGACAAAUAAAAGAAAUAAAAAGCUCGUGUUUUGAACAGUGCAACAAUUCUCCUAUUUAAGGGUUUUGAUUGCCCUCACCCUGGUGUUUCCUCUGUUUCAGAAGGAUUUAAGAGUUGUUGGGGAAGCAUACUUUGUAUACGGAGGAGAUGGAAUCGGCGAAUGUAGCAUGUGAUAAGUGCAAGAAGGACUGCCUGUUGAUACAUAGAAAGAGGGUUCCUUCUUUCUAUAAAGCAAUGACUGACAAAAGUUGCUUCCAAGUUCUGAUUGUACCCCCAAACUUUGCUCGAUCAGCUUCACACCUGGUCGAUAAGGUAACGCUUGUAAAGGAUGCAAGUGGAUUGCGAUGGCCGGUAACAGUGUGUGACUAUCAGGGUCUAUUGGCUAUCCAACAGGGGUGGCCGGAAUUUGCAUCAAAGCAUGAUCUGGUUGUCGGAGACCACUUGGUUUUCCAUUAUACUCAGCGUCAGCACUUCACGGUUCAAAUAUUUGAUAUGAAUGGUUAUGAAAAGAUCAUUUUCUGCUGUGACACUGACAAGGGUGAAAAAAGAGCAGCGACUCGUGUGGAAGAAACUACCCGGGCUGGAGAUGCUCAAUUUGAUCAAGACGGCAGGUUGUGCUUGCAUCAGUCACGUUUUGAAAUGCCAGCAAGCAAACCUCCUGCAGAAGGACUGUUGCCACUGCGUGAGGAUGGAAUCAAGGCAACUGGUAUGGUUAGUAGACCAGCUGAGGAUAUUUUGUUGCUGGGUCCAAAAGAUAAAAAAUGCAAAAAAGCAUCUCAAUUUGAUUCAGGAGAGGAGGAAGCAAAUGGUAAUGGAAAAGUCAACAAAAGUGAGUCUGCUGGUUUAGGAGACACACCAUCCUUUCCUGCAAACAACUAUUCAUCUUUGGUGGAAAUCUAUGGUCCAGAUUUUCUGGAACUACCAGGAUCCUGGCGAGAUUUGUUGCAAAGGCCAACGCGAGAAAGGUGGAUUAUUUUUCUCAGAGGACCAGACAAAAGAAUCUGGCCUACCUAUUAUACUAGUCUCUUGCCUCCCUAUUAUUCUAGAAGGCCAAGUGUUGAUGUUUUGAGUCGUGGAUGGAAGGAAGUUGCUGCAGCUUAUGGCAUGAAUGCCAAAGAUCAUUGUCUUUUUGAACUUGCAGAUAAGCAGAACCGUAUAUUUGAUAUACGCAAAAUCUGAAAGUGCUGAAGUAAGAUUCCAAAUGAACUACUUGGAGUCAAUUACCUUAAGGGAAAUGAUGUCAGUUUUGAACAACAUUCAAGUGUUGCUUUGUUGGGUCAUAUAUUUUGUACUGUCAUUUUGAAGUUGUGCUCAGUAUUUUUAGACUAAUUCCUUCAUAAUCUGGUUGUUACAUGUCUGUUUAACUUUGUUUUCUGAGAUCCAAUUGCUAAGAACCAUGAAUUGCUCG